AUGGGUGCUGCGCCAGAGGCGAACGGACGGCCCUGUCAGCCCAAGAUGAGGUCGUCGACCCGCGCUCCGCUGCUCCACCGGAUAGACAUGGCCGCCAAGCAGGUCGAGGAGAUGCGCGCAUCCAACGCCGCCGGCUUCCCAACAGACAGUUCAUUGGCGGCCGCUGCACAGGCCGAGGGCAGCAGGCUCCAGAUGCAUCAGAGCGGCGACACAGAUGCCCAAUUCCCACCCUCCACACGCGUCGCACUCAGCUCUCCGGCUCGUCCAGAGGCCUCGUGCGGCCUCGUGUGGCUCAGUUUGACCCUCAAAACACCGCAGGCCGGCGACUCGACGUGCCCCCUCUACUCUCGCUCGUCGUGGCGCGUGAUCGCCUUGGGUGGGCGCCAGCGCACCACGCGGCGAUGGGCCGAGGCAGAGGCCAAGGCGGCCAAGGCCAAGGGCGGCCCCGCAAAAGGGAAGGGGGGUGGUAAGGCUCAGAUGAAGGUGAAGUCUGUAAAGUGA